AUGGAGCUCGACCAUACCUCUCGGCCUCUCGUUGUCUUCGGUGCCCCGAGGCACAUGGCCGUGAGGCAGGCGCGACGGUCUUACAGGAGAGCCCACGCCCAUGACAUUGACGAACUAGACUCCGAGGCACAGGCACCACGCUACGUUUUCUUCAGAGAACACGACGACGCGCCUUCUCGCGCCGCCGCAUCAAGCGAGGCUAUCCUGGUGCUGAAGGAGGUGACGGCGGGCGACGCGCCGCAGUCGGAGUGCGCCGUGUGCCUGAACGACUUCCACGCGGAGGAGACGCUCCGGGCGAUGCCAUGCUCGCACGCCUUCCACCUCAAGUGCAUCUUCACCUGGCUCCUGCGGAACGGCGCCUGCCCUCUCUGCCGCCACCAGCUGCCCAAGGAGGAGGAGCAGCAGGAGGAGGAAUCUGUGCACCAGCACCUCACCAUGCUGGUGCUAGACGACUAG